AUGGCAUCCAAGAGAGGCCCGGUAGGGCCACCGAAGACAAAGGAUCGCGGCCCUACCAGCAAGGAAGACACGCAGACCGAUUUCGCUGCCAUGAACGUCCUCGGAAACACGCCCGCCCCUACCACCGCCAUUGACGCUUGCGCACACGACGGCUUCGCACUCAACUCGGGCCUCAAGAUUGCUGGCUCUGGAGUCAUGCUUGUCGGCGGAGAUGCCUUCAACUGGAAGCCGUGGAUCAGGGAGGGGAGAAAGGAGGGCACCAUUGGCGAAGGCGCAAUAGGCGACGACAACAAGGGCGUCUCGAGCGUUGGAGGCUCCCUGCGCAACAAGAAGGGUCAAUGGGAAGUGCCCGAGCACAGCUGGGGUCUCCUCGACGCUGUGUGGCCCAAGCCUGGUACGUCCCCAAGACCCCUUUUUCCUGUCCCUGCCAACAUUGCUGAUGCCGCGUCUANNGAUCUCCUUAUCUUGGGUACUGGUCCUUCGAUUGUGCCAGUGUCGCCCGAGACGCGGAAGCAAAUCAGCGAUCUGGGUAUUCGACUUGAGGUUGCAGACACGCGCAACGCCGCCUCGCAGUUCAAUCUCCUGGCCACCGAGCGUGGUGUUCAACAGGUCGCUGCCGCUUUGAUACCCAUUGGUUGGAAGGAGGGCACUUACUAA